AGGGAAGGUUCCGCCCUCAGUUUCUUCGGAAGCUCAACCGUGGGGAACGUGCACACCGCCCGGUAUUGGACCAGGCUCACGAGUUGAUCCUCUGACGAGACUGACACGCGGGCUCCCUCAGUCUACUGGUCUAGGAUGAUGGCUCUGGGUCUUUUGAUAUUACUAAUUGGGGGUGUUCUGAAUGAAGUAGGAGCCACCACAUUAGGAGGCGAGGCAACGGAGACGACUCCGGUCCGAUGGUGGUGGAACAAUUCCACUAAGCCCAGACGUCAGGAGAACACCACGUGUCCGGAAAAUCAGUCUUGCAAUGUCCUCAACAUUACGACUGGUGACGGGUGCACCAUCUACUCCUCGAACUUGAAGGUGCCGGGGGUAAAACCACAGAAGUAUCUGAUUGAGUGCUCUGAAAACUUAAAUAUUACCUGGACGUCGAAAGUAACUUGGUGUAUGGGGCCCUGGAACGGCUCCAAGGUACAGUGCGAGGACAAUGCAACAUCAAGCGAAUACACCUCUAAUAAGACUGGGCCCAUUGGCUGGAUCAAUGCAACUGAAAUUAUUAACAGGACUAUACCAAUGCUUGCUAUAGCCGUGUGGGCUAGAACCCCCAUAACGAGACAGUCACAUGUAGAACCAAUAAUUGACACAUGUAAACUUGUUUCUACGACAGCAAAAAGGACUAAGGUUACAUGGCAAGUGACGUUUCCACUGUUGCCACAGUGUAAGCGUGCUAAACGGGCAUGGUAUGACACUUUCUUAGGAGGGGUUGGCACCACCCUAGGAACUUUAAACACCGUAGAUAAUGAAAUAACUGCAAACAAGCUUGAGAAUGUGGGACGACAUACUCACAAAGUGGCAGACCAAAUGGCUAGGUGGUUACCUCAGUCCAUGAUCUCUCAUCAGCAAACAGUAAACUGGGAACAACGCGCUUCAGAUUGGAUAAUCAUGGCUAGCAAUGACACUCGAUGGCUAAAUGUCUCAACUUUCAUGAACUGGACUGUAUGCACUUUUAACAUAUUACAAGCACAGAUACAGAAAAAUAACAUGCAAAUGGCUUUAAGGACUAAUACUAUGCAAAUAUGGCAAGAUAUAUGGAACAUUAGCAGUAGCUUAUGGUUAACGGUUAAACCUGAAAAUACUGAGUGUAAUGAUACAAUAUGUAAUGGGUAUUGGUUUCAAUAUAAUGUUACCACUAUGAUAACCUUGUGUAGAUAUCACGUUUUACCUGUUGUUGCACACGGACACUUUUGGCAGCUGCAAUUGGAUGGUGAGUGGCUAGAACCUAAAACAAACAAAACAUAUGAUUUACGAAAUUGCGAACACACUAAUAUUGGUAUGUUCUGUGGAUUGAUGUCAGGACAGGAAAACCCAUGUAUUUCAGGUAAAGCAACCACCUGUAAUUGGAGACUAGUUAAUCAGAACACCACUCUGUAUGAAGUGGGACCUCACCGACUCUGUGUUUCCACCACCAUCGCUAAUCGUAGGCUGCCACAGGUUCCGUUUUCUGGAUGUCUUGAUAAUGUAUAUGUUUGGCAAAUAGCAAAUAAUACUUACUAUCUGAAUAAUUACACCACUAAAAACCAUCUUACCAAGGUUCAAUGGCAAGUCUGGCAUGCUCCGACCUCAAUUUCACUGGCUGUAGCUGAACGUUUAUUAAAUAGCUCCCUGCAAUUAAAAGAAUUGGCUGCUAAACAUCAAAAACAUGUAGAUGCACUUACUGUACAGACAGUCAUGACGACGUCUCAAUUACAAAUUUUAGGGACCAAAAUUGAAGGUGAAUCUGUAAAUGCGUGGUGGUCAAUCUUUACAGGUUGGUCACCAAAGGCAUCCACAAUGUUGUCAGUUUUCCUCCGCCCUUUGGUGCUGCUUAUUAUUAUUAUUAUUGCUUUAAUGACUAUAUUUAAUUGCUAUGUGUUUUGUGUUUUAAAACGAAUUAAUAACAGAGCACGACAGACAAGGUUGCUGAUUUUGCGCUGAGCGAGGGACCGAUUGUAAUAAAAAAGGUUUUCUCUGUAACAGGAGAAGGGAUGAAAUAAAGGAGUAAGAGGGGGGGGAUUGGUCGCUUCAGUGCAAAACCAGCUACAAAGAUUGGAAUGUUUGGGAUGAUAGCGAAAGAAUGUGCAAAAACUUGCUUCUCAUAAAGAGUUUCAGAAUGUUAUGGGAAUACAGUCAAGGCCAUGUACUUGUUUUUCACUUCG